AUGAGGUUUCCUACCGAAGUUCUCGCCGCAAUAAUGAGUGUCCAAAUUGUAGCCUUUCCAGCGGUACUGAAAAGUCGCAUUGAGCUUUCUGGGCUUUCUGGAGGCAGCACUCUUUCAACCGCUUCUGCAGCUGGCAUUGGCGGCGCCUCUGUAGCUGAUAUUGGCGGUGCAUCAGACGCAGCAAGUGUAUCUGGCUCAGAAGUCAAACAAGAUGGGGUAGCAAUAGCUGGUACAGGCCUAGAGGCAACGGCCAUUGCGAGUGAGGGGAGCCAGGUCGCAGCUCUAUCUGAUAAUAUUGUAAAUGUAGGUGGCGAUGCCGGCAUUACUAGCGUACCAGAUGGAAGUUUAGUCUCAGUUGGCGGAAAAAACGGAAUCUCAGUCGUUGGUGGUGCCGGAGCCAGUGAAGCAUUAAGUGCUGCAGCUACAGUUCGCGGCUCAAAAUCGUCCUCCGAAAAUGCAGCACAAGCCGCUGCCAAAUCAAAAUCAGAAAAUUUGGGCACAGUGGAAGAAGAAGAAACAGAGGUAGAAGGGGAAGAAGGAGAAGAAGCAGAAGAAGUAGAAGAAGGGGGACAGAAGGAAGCCGCCGAAAAAAGUGAAAAGAGUAAUGGUAAAGACGGUGCAAAAGAAGCUGCAGCCGCUAAAGCAGAGAAAGAAUCUGCCAACAAGGAAGAAAAGUCUUCGGCUUCUGAAAAAGAAGUUAAAGGUGGAAAGGCCGAGAGCAAAGAAAAUGAAGGCAUAGAAGCUGAAGCCAAGGCCGAAGAAAACAAGAGCAAAGAAGCUGAAGCCAAGGCCGAAGAAAACAAGAGCAAAGAAGCUGAGUCCAAGGGCGAAGAAAACAAGAGCAAAGAAGCUGAGUCCAAGGGCGAAGAAGCUGAGGCCAAGGGCGAAGAAGAGAAAAAGUUGGCAGGUGCCCAUCCACAUCCACCUCCACCUCAUGAACUUAAAGCCGCUGGUGCUCAUCCACAUCCGCCUCCACCCCCUCCUCAUGAACUCAAAACAGCAGCAAUAAUAGCAGGAGCUGAAGCAAAGAAAGACGGAGAAAAAGAAGAGGCGGGUAAAGGAGAGGAAGAGAACGGAGAAGAGGCAGAAGCCAAGGUAAAUGAGCAUGAAAAUGUCAAGGAUGCUAAGAAAGAAUCAGCCAUGAAAGAAGAGGCUAAGGCCGAAGAAGGCAACAAAAAAGAAGCAGAGGCCAAGGCAAAAGAAGAGAAGGGAAAUGAGGCAGAAGCCAAGGGAAAUCACCAUGGAAAUGUGAAGGAUGUCAUAAAAGAGGACGCUAAGGCCGAAGAAGGCAACAAGAAAGAAGCAGAGGCCAAGGGAAAAGGAGGGAAGGGAAAAGAAGAGAAUGGAAAAGAAGCAGAGGCCAAGGGAAAAGAGGCAGAAGCCAAGGAAAACGAAGGCAACAAAAAAGAAGCAGAGGCCAAGGGAAAAGAAGAGAAGGGAAAUGAGGCAGAAGCCAAGGGAAAUCACCAUGGAAAUGUGAAGGAUGUCAUAAAAGAGGACGCUAAGGCCGAAGAAGGCAACAAGAAAGAAGCAGAGGCCAAGGGAAAAGGAGGGAAGGGAAAAGAAGCAGAGGCCAAGGGAAAUGAGGCAGAAGCCAAGGAAAAUGAGCAUGAGAACGUCAAGGAUGCCAAGAAAGAAUCAGCCAUUAAAUCAGAGGUUAAGGCUGAAGAAGGCAACGAAAAAGAAGCUGGGGCUAAGGGAAAAGAAGAGAACGGAAAAGGUAAGGAUGCCAAUAAAGAAUCAGCCAUGAAAGCAGAGGUUGAGGCUGAAGAAGGCAACAAAAAAGAAGCUGGGGCUAAGGGAAAAGAAGAGAACGGAAAAGGUAAGGAUGCCAAUAAAGAAUCAGCCAUGAAAGCAGAGGUUGAGGCUGAAGAAGGCAACAAAAAAGAAGCUGGGGCUAAUGGCAAAGAAGAGAAGGGUAAAGAGUCAAAAGCCGCCGCUGAAGAGAAAGAAGAAAAAUCGGAAGAAAAAGGUCAAGAAUCUUUUGCAGCAAAAAUAUUGAGCAGCAUUUUCUAG